GCAAAACCAACCCAUCUGUUCCUUUGAGAGAAGGUGUUUUUGGGCUUAGAUGGGUGAGUAGGAAACACAAUCUCUCUCUCUUACCUCUUCUCUCUUCCUUUUUCUAUUACCGCAUAUAUACAUACAUCUCUCAAACGUUCCACUUAGUUUAGGAAUCAAGAUCUUUUCCUUAAUCAAUGCUAAAGCUUGUCUUUCUGUUUUCUAUUAACUCUUGAUUGUGGGUGAGGUAAGUAAACUUUGGUAGGGGCCCCAUCUCAGUUUCCUUAAUUCUCAUGUUUAAGCUUCCUGUCUUUUCAUUGUUUUAUGGGUUUCCCAUGAAAUUUAAGCUCUUUUAAUGAUCCAAAGCACUAGAUUUCCCUUGUGUCUUUGGGAAUAGGGGGCUGUGAUUAGUGUUAAGUUGGUGGGUUUGGCACUAAAAUGUCAAAUUCAGAGUAAAGAUGAUUCCUUUGAUUAAGAAGUGAUCAUGGUGAAGAUGAUGAUGAUGAUGGGUUGAAAAGAAAUAUACUCCUAGCUAAUAAAGGGUAGCAGGAACAGGGAAAAGAUCAAAACUUGGAUCAAGGGUUUUUGAUUUUUUAGAAAAAGAAAUCUGGGUUAGAUGGAAGUGAGAAGUCAGGACAAGGAAAUGGGGAUGCCAAGAAGAAGAGAUCAGAGUGUUGUUUCUGAUACAGUCCUCCCUCAAUCCCUAGAUCACCACCACCAUCACCACCACCCUGUUCACCAUCAUCAGGUGAAUCCCCAUAUAAACAAAGCCAGAAGAAAUCCUGAGCCAGACCCAGAUCCGGUUCCGGCCCCGGCAGCCACUCCAGCGGCUAACAGAUCAAGCCGGAGAUCCCCACAACGAGCUCCAACACCACCGCAGCCCUCACCAGCUCCCCCAGUAGCAACCUCUGCACCUUUGGUUAGAUACAGAGAAUGUUUGAAGAACCAUGCUGCUGCAACGGGCGGUCAUGUCCUCGACGGUUGCGGGGAGUUCAUGCCGUGUGGCGAGGAAGGCACCCUGGAGUCCCUAAAAUGUGCGGCUUGUGAUUGUCACCGGAGUUUUCACCGAAAAGAAAUCAAUGGGGAGUGCCAGUACACCCCAAAUAGUUACUAUACAUAUACCCCCAAUAAAAAUAGUACAAGAAGAGAGAGCAUACCUACUCUGCCUCACCAUAGAUUAUCCCAUGGAUUCUCCAUUAGUGCUCCUUCCACCGUCCCAAUUGCACCAGUAAUGAUGACUUUUGGGGGCGGCAAUGGCGGUGGCCCAGCAGAAUCCUCCAGUGAAGAUCUGAUAGUGUGUCAGGCUAAUGCAGCCGGUCAGUCAUCAGUUCAGCUACCAUCGUCAAAGAAGAGGUUCAGGACAAAGUUCAAUCAAGAACAGAAAGACAAGAUGAUGGAAUUUGCUGAGAAAUUGGGAUGGAAGAUCCAGAAGCAAGAUGAAGAAGAGGUGCAGCAGUUCUGUGCUCAAGUGGGAGUGAAGAGACAGGUGUUCAAGGUAUGGAUUCACAACAAUAAACAAGCCAUGAAGAAGAAGCAAAUGUAAGCAAUUAAGGCUCUUUUAACACCCUUGAUGAAGUAUUACUACUGCAACCAUAGAAGUAAUAGAUCUGGGCAAUAAUUAGAUCAGAUGUGCAUAAACAAAAAAGGGAACAGCAGCUAGAUUUAGGGUUCUUUUCUAGUGCUGAUUUUUCUCCGUUUGGCAUUAAUGUUUGUUAACAUUAUUAAAUCUGUAAUCCUGUUCAAGAUUAUUAGUCUGUGAAAUCACAGUACUUAGAAAACAUUGACAACAAAAGAAUUGUAUCCUCACCUUUUUCUUUUUCUGAUCGCUUUCUCAGGAUUUCAGGAAAGAAGAAGAUACAAGCUAUAUGUGUUACCU